CUUAAUACGUCACGUGACGGGCUGGCAUCAGUCUGGCUAUUGCUAACAGUUAGCAUCGGACGCGAGGGGCAGCGGCUCUUUUAUCGGCACCAAUCCGCGUCGUCGCCCUCCCGUCCCGGUCUCACCCGCAACCAUGUCGGCGGUGCAACGAAUGAAGGUGGCGAACGAGCGGCACAGCAAAACCAUCACGCAGCGGGGACACGUCCAAAAAACCUCGCGACCGGUCAAUGAAGAAAAGUCACCUGUAGGUCCGUGGCUUCUGGCGCUUUUCGUCUUUGUGGUUUGUGGAUCAGCCAUCUUCCAGAUCAUCCAGAGUAUCAGACAGGGCAUGUGAUGAGCUGUUCCCCGUCCCAUGUUGACACAUACACACUGUUCUCGUUUAGUCAUUGUUUAGUUUUUUUUCAUUGUUGAUCAAACUGUUUUUUUACACGUACACUCAAAGCAUGUGAACCACACAUCUCACGAUGCUUUGCUUGAUUGAUGUUCAAAGCGUGUGUGAAUUAAAGGUGAUAUUUUCUCUA